GGGUUACUCGCUUGACCAUCGAACGUAAACACAAACAUUCAGCAGGAUUGGCAUAAUGGAGCUCUCAUCCGAAAUUACUUACGCUUUUCUGGAGAAAAUAAGGAUGAAUGAGAUUCUGUUGGACACCAGCUUGGAAAACUAUAACAGUAGGAACUUAAAAAGGUCGCUCAUGGAUAAAAUUUGCAGCGAACUUCGCCUGGAAUACCCAAAAUAUGCUGACCAGCUAACGACAGAAAUUUUGACAAAGCGGUUCCACUACUUAAGGAGUAAUUUUCAAAAACUCCUAAAGAAAGUUGAAAAAACUCCAAGUGGUUCUGGCAGUACACCAGCUGUAAAAUGGGAGUACUAUUCUGCUUGCAAAUUCAUGCAGCCUGUCUACACGAUAGAUAGCAAUUCCUCCAGUUUUGAAAUGCCUGAGGAUUCUACGGCAUCAACUGAACAGACUGAGGAGUUGGUAUGGACCGGUGUCAUUAAUGAAUUGGUGGACGACCCUCUUACUGAUGCAUCAGCAAAGGACACAGAUAUUCCUUCUGCUUAUUGCAACUCAACAAGUGAGGAAUCAUCAAGAACACCAUCACCACUCGAAAUAAUUCCUGUCACCCUAAGGACAAAAAAGAGGAAAUCCAGUAAAGUUGAUACCAAUAUGAAUACAAUUAUGGAAUCCUUUUCUACUGUCCAUACAGCUUGGAACAAUAUUCAACAGUCAAAAAUUACUAAACCCAAGAACCCUGCAGCAGAAUUAGUUAAUGCCUUUAUGGAGAUGAUUCCUGAACAUCAACCAGAGUUGAAGAGGAAAUUCCAUAAUGGUCUACUGGCAUUGGUGUACCAAGUGUCCCAAGAGUUUACAGAACCUCCAAGUAAACCACAGGAUUAGAACUGUUGAUCCAAUCGUUUAAAAUGUGCAAUAUUUAGGCUGUCGUAAUUACUCUUUUUUUUUGUUUUUUUUUUACUAGUCAAUAUAGAAAUUUGUACUUUUGUUUUUAAAUACUUUAAGGUAAUAUUUAAAAGGCUGUGAUCUUAUUGUGAUGGUCUAUGUGCUCAUACAUUUAAGGUGUUAUUUAUCCUAGUCUAGUUUAGUUAUAUAUACUUAAAUAUAUAUAUAUAUAUUUUUUUUUUAUGAAGGAAAAAUAAAUUUAGAAUAUAUA